CAUCACCAAGUAAAGCAACAUAUUUCUACAGCUCAACUCUACCUCUCUCAAUAUCUUCCCACAAGGCUAGCUAGUUAGGUAGCACAAGAAAUGGCAGCCAUUGCUGAGAACAAUGUCAAUGCUGAUAAUCAGCACACAACUCCUCCAUUGGAGAAGAAGCUCAAUGGGAUGAAACUCAAGGAUGAAACAAAGGUGGCAGCCGAGACUCUUGAUCAGGCCAAGAAACAAGAGGAAGUUGCAGCAGCAGCAGCAGCAGAAGAAGAAGUUGCAGUUGAAGUUGAGCCGAAAACUGGGAUUUCAUUCCCGGUCAAGCUGGCUGAUGGGAAGGAACUGAUGACCGUUGGUUUGAGGAAGAAAUCCAUGCUUGGCAUGGGGAUCAAGAUCUACGGCUUUGGGAUGUAUUAUGAUAAGGAGAAGCUGAAAGAGAAUCUGAAGACAAAGAUUGACAGCAAGGCAUCCACUAAACCAACCAAGGAAAUGUACCAGGCGGUGAUCGACAGUGAUUCAGCCAUGACAGUGAGGCUGGUGAUUGUGUUCUCUUCGCUGACCAUGAACAUGGUCAAGAAGAACUUUGAUGAAGGUCUCGGAGCAUCUAUCAAGAAGCUCACUGGAGGGAAGAAGAACGAUGAUCUCGCCAACAAGGUGAUGGGUGCAGCUUCUGAUGGAAUCAAGCUGUCGAGUGGCUCUGUGAUCGAGAUCUCCCGGCUUCCAGAGAAUGUACUCCAAACCAAAGUGGUGGAUGAGGUCAUCAGCAAAGUUGACAGCGAGCUUCUAUGCAGGGCCUAUGUUAACAUGUAUUUGGGAGAUGAUCCAUUAGACAAGGAAGCUAAGGAGAAAUUUGGGAUGCAAUUGCUUAACUAUGUUCUAAAAAACCUAGAAACCCCCCAUCAAACUCGUAUCGAGACACAUAAUCAGUAAUAAGAAGCUGGUGUUGCUAGCUGCUCAAUAACGCAAGGGCAUGAUG